ACUUUUAAAAUUUAUUGAUAUUAGAUAGGACAUGAAAUGUAAUGUUCAUAUUUAUUUAUUACAACUUAUUAUCUUAGGAAUAAUAGUGUCAUAAUUUAAAGGUCCAUUAAAAUAUGGAGAACAAAACCUGAACUUAACGGGUACUCAGUCGAAUAGGUGUCGACUGUUAACAAUGAACAGCGAAAAAAGGCAAAAACAACAAGCCAACCCAAGACAGCUGGCCAACGUACUGUCCAAAAUAACUUUCUGGUAUACUCGAGAAUUGUUUAUAAAAGGUUUUAACAGAGAACUAGAACAAGAAGAUUUAUACGAAGUACUUCCAGAAUUUGAUACUAAUAGUCUUGGAGAUCGCAUCACACACGAAUGGACCUUACAUAAACAUCGUAAGAACGAUGCAAUGUUUUCUAUUUUUUGGAAAAUGUUUGGAAAACAUUAUCUGCUACUUGGUUUGACAAAAAUUAUUCAUAUCAUAUCUGAUGUUUUGCGUCCUAUACUUAUAGGCAGAUUGGUGUACUUUUUUACUUCAGAUCAGACGGAAUUAACUAAACAAGAUGCCUAUAUGUACAGCUUUUUUCUAAUAGGACUCCAAAUAUUUAACGUUUUUUACAGACAUAAUUAUUAUUUUGUAGUAGAAACUCUGGCAAUCAAAGUACGAACCGCAAUAUGUGCUUUAAUUUAUAGAAAAUGUCUUAAACUACCAGGAAAUCGGUUAAGGGACAUUUCAUUUGCAAAGAUCACAAACUUAAUUACGAGAGAUAUUCAUAUGUUUGUUUUAUUCUUUGUUCAGUUCAAUGAAGGAUGGACUGGAUUUAGCGCCAGUGUUAUAAUAUUUUGCAACUUGUAUCGAGAUAUCGGACUUCCUGCCAUUGUAGUACUGAUACUUUUUGGUGUAUUUAUUCCAUUUCAAGUCUACUGUGGCAUAAGGCUUUACUUUCUGAAGAAGUCAACAUCUGAAAAAACUGAUAAAAGAAUUGAAGCUUUACAAGGAGCUUUAUCCAGCAUUAAAAGUGUCAAAAUGUUUGUGUGGGAAAAAUUUGUUGAAAGACAAAUAAUUUUCAGUAGAAGAAAAGAAAUGAGUGCUUUAAUGAAAAUAUUGAAUAUUCUAUUUUUCACGGUAGUGGCAGGAAUGAUAACAAGCAAUGUAGCUUUUUAUUUUGUUGUAAUGAUAUACGUUUGGUCUGGAAAGCCGCUAAUGGCAGAAACUAUGUAUAUCAUCACCGGUGCAUUCUUAAACUUCUCAUUCAUCCUUGCAACUGCUGUUCCCUACGCAAUAUUUUAUUUUUCUCAAAUAUUCGCUGCCAUUAAAAGAAUGCAACUUGUGGUGCAACAAUUAGAUCAUCAAAGUGAAGAAAAAAACAAUAAAGACGAAACGAAUGAUCCAAAAAUUCACUUAAAAAAUGUCACAGUGAAACAAAACGACAAAUCACUUUUUCAAGACGUUAAUCUGAUGAUAGAAAAGGGAUUAACAAUUAUCACUGGACUGACAAAUAGUGGCAAAAGUAUCUUUUUAAUGUCGCUACUACAAGAAUUUGAGCUCAGCAACGGAAACAUAGAAACUCAAGAUAGUAUGUGAAAUGACAGGAACUUUAAUACUUAUUUCAUCAACGAACCCCAGACUUUUAGUUCCAACAGUUAUGCUUUCUUUAAGUUUCGUA